CUAGUGCUGACUUGAGGUGCGGGAUAUGGAGGGGCAUGUUGCGCCCCGCAAAUGCACUUGCUGCUUAUCAACGUCCUGGAAAUUGAGAAAUAGAGGACGCGGAAGGCAGUCCGCGCUGACAUAUGGACCGACCGACUGCUGUUAUCUCACUUCGCCGGGGAAACAAUAUAUCAAAGAUAAGUUGGGUAGGGGGGAGGCCAGUUCAGAAGAGACAAAAGCGAUAGCAUCCAUUCGGAUCCCAUCUGCUCCAAUCACCCCAUACUGUUGGUGAGUAAUCAAGCAAAAGAACCUCGUUAGAGAAGGGCCAAAUACAUUGACCGAUUCCCUUUGCUAAAGUUCAUUUCGCGAACAAAAAGAAAAGAAAAAGGUCAACCAUCCACACAGCAAUGGGGUACCCAACCGCGCAAGACAUCCACCAAUUCUUCCUCCAACUCCGCGACUACCCCACGGGCCACAAUCAAUUCUUUCUCGCGGCGCCAGAGGACUCGAAAUGGCAGAUCACCGGGCAGCAUCCCUUCUCCGGGUCUUGGAACAAGGCCGCCUUCCUCGCCGAGAUCUGGAGCUCCAACUCGACGCUGAUCGCGGCGCCGGGCCCUUGUUUCAUCAUGCCCGGGGGCCUGGACAGUAUUGUCUGUGACGGACGGGGCCGAGCGGCAGUCGAGCUCCGUGCGGUCCACACCACCACCAAGGUCCUGGGCUUGAGUUACGACCAGCAGUACUCGUGGCAUUGCGAGUUUGACGCGAGCGGGACACUGCGGGCGGUUCGGAUCUAUUUGGAUUCGAUCCAUGCGGAGAAAGUGCUUGUUGCGGAGAGAGAGACACAGAAGGCGAGGCGAGACUCUAUGGUACCAUCGGGGGUGAAGAUUUGAAUGUUGAAUGGGUCGAGCUCAUCCACGAGAGGCAUGAUGUGAAUGUCUUCCGCGAGGAACGUUCCAGACAAAGUUGGUAAUAACUUCAGGUUCUGUUGUUCAAUUCGAGGCCAGGCUUGUACUACCUAUCAUUCCACACCUGUUUAUGGCUUCGCUCACUCUGCAUGAGGAUUGGUCUCUUUUUUGUUAUGCUUCCUUCCGAUCGUGACUCGGGAUUUCAAAAUCCUGUCCCAUACUCAUUUGAUGCCCUGGAGAAGUAAUCAUUGUGCUUGAACAGAUAAAGCUUGAUUAUCAUGAUAAUUGGUGUGUUGGACAGUGUUGGGGCAGCCGGCCCAGGCGUGAUCAUGUCCUUGGCAUGGAUGACGCGGGUUACGAUGGUGUUGGCGAAUAUUACUGGUAUUCAAGCACGCCAUUGAGCACGUCAGAUCUUAUUUUCGUGCAAUGUAGUACAACUCGAUUGACAAAGAAGGC